AUGGAAGAAGAAUAUUAUCCGAUAAUAAUGGCACUAUGCUGGGGAUUUACAAAUCCUUUUAUUAAACGUGGAAGUAUAGGAUUAGAGAAGAUUAAACGAGAUAGUUGGAUUGAACAAACAUUAGAAGAAUUUGAGUUCUUAUUACAAAAUGGCAGGUACAACUCAUAUCUUAAUAAUAUGGCUGAAUUAUUGAAUAUAUUUACAGGAAUCGCUAAUAUGCUCGAUAUCAAAUCAAUAUUAUAUGAUACCUUUGUGUUUCAAUCUAA